AUGGCGCAUGCGGAGAGUUGUAUUGAUAACAACCAGCUCUGGAAUACCAGAAACUUCCCGGCAGCAGGAGGAGCGGUCGCGGGGGAAGGAAGACCGAUGGAAAGUGGAGCGUUGGGGGCUGGUCAAACUAUGGAUGACCGCGCACUUUUUGGCCAGAUGUUAUCCGACCAGACGUUAUCCGACCAGCAGCGGUGUUUGGGAGAGCGGCAGUCCAGAGAGGUGCAGUCGGGAAUUUUGAGUAACGGCUAUUCUUCGUCAUCAUCAGAGGAUGAUGACGCACGUCAGAGCCGUCGAGACAUGCCGGGGCCUGGUGAUGAUCAGAUUUCGUCGUCGAGUGGUGGUCUGAUAGUGGGAGGAAAUUCUACGGGUUCCUCGUUGUCGUCAUCUUCGUCUGCGGGGGCUCACCCCAGACGCAGUGCCUUGAAGGGUACGACAGCGGGUCCUCAGGUACUGAAGAAGCUUCGGUUUGCUGAGGACUUGAAUCAGAUCCAUGAAAUCCCGGCAACCGUUCUGGUUAGUCGAACCCCGAUUGCUAUGCCGACGAGCGCUGCGUUAAGCGCCGGUGUUGCAGCAGGUGUUGCGUCGGACACAGAUGCUGCGCUGGAAUCUUCAUUUGGGGAGGAGCCGCCAUCUUGGCUCUUGGGAGCGGCGGUUCGAAACCUGCCAGGUGCGAACGCGGUUACGGAGUACGAAAUUAUGGAGCCUCAAGACGUCCUCAAGGAACUGGGCGCCGGCACCUCUGGUCUAGGCAUCCCUGGUCUGGACGCGGCCGGUGACGGUCUGAACGGGGAGAGUGAACAAGGUAAAGAAAACAUCCAAAGCGGUGCAAUGGCUGUGGAGCCUGUUGCGAUGGAGUCCCCAGCAGGCGAGAAGCUCCACCAUAUUAUGCAAUUGGAGUGUCGCGAAGUGUCGAGCCCGGUCGGUGAGGCGGCUGUCGUGAUAACGUCGGGUGGGUUCCAUGACAGUUUAGAGGAGGCGUUUCGGAUGUUCGAGGCGGAAAUUCAGGAGAGCGAGCGGAAGCAGGACGGGGGUGCUAUCGACCUCUACCAACGGCAACUGAAUCACGCCAUUCGGAAAACCACUGCCGUGGACGACCAAGACCUACACCUCUUGCGAGCCGCUGCAGUCGCCAUGACAAACUCUUCGACCAGGCUUCCGGACCACGAAAUGCACGCCGACCUCUCACCCGUCGAUCUAGAGGCACUGGACCUCGAAAUUUUGCACGACCAAAGCAUCAUUGGACCUUAA